AAAUAAUCCCCAAAAAGACAAUAAAGCAAAAAACACACAUUAAAAAACUCAAAGAAAUAACAAGAAUAAGUCCAGAAGACACUGUUUGUUGUCCAUGUUAAGUAAAGAGUAAACACCCAUAAAGCCAUCUUCAUCUAUAUAUUUUCUACAUGCAUAGAUCUAUAUUAUCUCUGUUUCUCAAAGACACAAUGGGUGGCCAAAAAACAAAAGUGUCUCCAUUUUUGGUGUUGGUCUUGCUUUUUUUGGUGUUUGAUGUCAUCAAUGGUGAAGAUGCAUAUAGGUUCUUUACUUGGAAUGUUACUUAUGGUGAUAUUUAUCCUCUUGGUGUUAAACAACAGGGAAUAUUGAUAAAUGGGCAGUUUCCAGGGCCACAGAUUGAGACUGUGACAAAUGAGAAUUUGGUUGUAAAUGUUUUCAAUAGCUUGGAUGAGCCAUUUCUUCUUUCUUGGAAUGGGAUUAUGCAAAGGAGAAACUCAUGGCAAGAUGGUGUUUUUGGUACAAACUGUCCAAUCCCACCUGGCCAAAACUUCACUUAUAAUCUUCAAGUAAAAGACCAAAUUGGUAGCUUCUUUUACUUCCCUUCACUUGCAUUCCACAAGGCUGCGGGAGGCUUUGGUGGCAUCAAAAUCGCUAGUCGGUCAGUCAUUCCCGUCCCCUUCUCACCGCCCGCUGGAGACUACACCGUACUUGCCGGAGACUGGUUCAAGCAAAAUCACACUGAUCUAAAAGCCAUUUUAGACAACGGACAAGAUCUUCCAUUCCCGGAUGGCAUUCUCAUUAAUGGCCGAGGAUCGAAUGGAUAUACGUUCAAUGUUAAUCAAGGUAAAACUUACAGAUUUAGAAUAUCGAACGUUGGGUUAACGACUUCAAUCAACUUCAGAAUUCAAGGUCACAAGUUGGUUUUGGUUGAGGUAGAAGGAACCCAUUCACUACAAAAUACAUAUGAUUCGAUUGAUGUCCAUUUGGGCCAGUCUUAUUCUGUGUUGGUCACUGCCGACCAACCACCCAAGGAUUACUACAUUGUUGUCUCGAGCCGCUUUACCACUCCAGUGCUCACAACUACAUCAGCUCUGCGUUACAGUAACUCGGCUGGUGGUUUAGAUGCUGCACCUCCUGGUGGACCAACAACUGAAAUUGACUGGUCAAUUAACCAAGCUCGUUCGCUCAGGAGAAAUUUAACGGCUAGUGGGCCAAGACCGAAUCCCCAGGGCUCUUACCACUAUGGGAUGAUCAACACCACCAGGACAAUUCGGCUUGCGAAUUCUGCACCUGUUAUUGGUGGCAAGCAGAGAUUUGCUGUCAAUGGUGUCUCGUUUAUUCAACCAGACACCCCACUUAAGCUUGCUGAUUACUUCAACAUUUCGGGUGUCUUCAGUCUUGGUAGCAUUCAGGACAACCCAAGUGGUGGUGCUAACCUUCAAACCGCUGUUAUGCCGGCAGACUUUAGAGGGUUUGUUGAGGUCGUGUUUGAGAACUCUGAAGACGUUGUUCAGUCCUGGCAUGUUGAUGGCCACCACUUUUUUGUUGUCGGGAUGGAUGGAGGGCAGUGGUCGGCUGCUAGCCGACUUGGAUACAAUUUACGUGACACAAUUUCACGGGUCACCGUUCAGGUGUACCCAAAAUCAUGGACUGCGGUUUACAUGCCGCUAGACAAUGUGGGAAUGUGGAAUGUAAGGUCCGAGAACUGGGCUCGACAGUACUUAGGUCAACAGUUCUAUCUUCGUGUUUAUUCACCUGCUAAUUCUUGGCGAGAUGAGGCGCCAAUUCCAAACAACGUUAUUCUUUGUGGACGGGCUGUUGGACGUCAACAUUAGAUACAACUUACAUAAUUCUUCAAAUUCUUGACAGAGGAAGUGGUUUUUAGGAGGCUAUAUAUGAGGGUAUUCAGAAUCAGUGUUGUUUUUUUUUUUUUCCGUUAGUUAAAUUCAUCGAUAUAUGAACUUGGAUCAUAGAAAGCACGUCUCCAGUUAUUGUUUCGGAAAAUCUAUGUUCAGUUGACAGAGUUAUUUGUGCAAAGAUAUAGCAUUUUGCUUAGGCAUCACAUCAUAAAA